AUGUACAGUUAUCCUGGUCACCAUCACGGAUAUCGUGGCGGUUUCGGCGGUCUAAGAGACUUUGAAAAUCAUGGAGGUAUCGGUGGUAGUGGAGGAUUUUGUGGUGUUGAUGAAAAUUUUAAUGGUCCUCCGUAUUAUGGUGUUCCUCCACGUUAUGGUGUCCUUGGCAGUUUUGAGGGUCGUGGAGGCCCUGGAAGUUAUGGAGGUUUUGGAAGUGGAUUUGGCACUACAUAUGGAUAUACUGGUAGUUGA